AUGUCCUCUCUUCUUCAGUAUGCUACUCUGCUAUUGGUACAACUACUAGUACUGUUUGUAGUCCUUGUUGCCAUUGGGGAUGGCGCUGUGGACAUCAAACUUAUCUGCAACACAACUUCAUACCCUGACUCGUGUUACAACAGCCUCGCUACAAUUGCCGCCAUGUCUCGGGGACAUCAUGAGGUGUACAUGUUAUCUGUGCAAGUCGCGAGCGAGGAGGUGAGCAGAGCCUCGGAUGGUUUCCUGCAACUACAGGAGGAAUUCAAGAAUAUUUCUGACGCCAUGUCUUUAAGGGCUAUCCAGGUCUGCCACGACCUAUUCUCUAUAGCGGCGCUUUGCCUAAUUGACUCUUGGAGACCUGCCAACAUCCACGAUGCGUUUGCCGAUCUUAAUAUAUGGUUAACUGCGGCCGGGACUCACCAGCAGAGCUGCGUUAGCGCCAUGGACGACGCCAAAGACGCAACUUUGACGCGUAAGGUUUUGAAGAAUCUGGAGAAAUCAACCAAGUUGACGAGUAAUAGUUUGGCCAUCCUACGUGCAUUCGAAGAAUCCAUGGUCGAUCGUUCAAAAGUCAACACUGAAGAUCACCAUAUUGUUUCAACUUCAGCUGCUAAGAGAGAGUCGCGGAAGUUGGGUUCUGGUGGCAUGCCAAGAUGGCUGGAUUCCAAGGAGAGGAAGUGGCUUCGAACUCCGACCGGGAAUUUGCAGAUUGAUGCUGUGGUGGCGAAAGAUGGGUCGGGAGAGUUUAGUAAAAUAUGCGAUGCGCUUAAGGCCGUGCCGGAUAAUUGCGUUAAGAGGUUCGUGGUCUAUGUUAAACGAGGGGUUUACAAUGAGAAUGUUAGGGUUGAGGCAACCAAGUCCAACGUUAUGAUGAUUGGUGAAGGGAUGGAAGCUACUGUCGUCUCUGCAGCCCUAAAUUUCGUUGAUGGAACUCCAACAUUCGACACUGCUACAUUUUGUGUAUUUGGUGCGGGAUUUAUCGCCAGGGAUAUGGGGUUCCAGAACACCGCUGGUGCUGCAAAGCGUCAAGCCAUAGCAUUGAUGGCAGACGGCGAUAGGGGAGUGUUUUACCGGUGCAAGUUUGAUGGUUUCCAAGACACUCUGUUGGCACACGCCUAUCGCCAAUUCUUCCGCCAGUGCCACAUCUACGGUACAGUCGAUUUCAUUUUCGGAGACGCUGCUGCCGUGUUCCAGGACUGCAAUAUCCUCCCCCGCAGACCAUUGCCCGGCCAGCAAAACAUCAUCACCGCUCAGGGCAAAACGGAUUCCAGGGGAGCCUCCGGGUUUUCGAUCCAGGACUGCAAACUUUACCCGGCCGAGAACCUCGCUGGAGCCACCACUUUUUUGGGCCGUCCUUGGAAAACCUACUCCACUACAGUUUUCAUCCGCACGUAUAUGGGAAGUUUCAUCCAUCCUAAGGGAUGGGUCCCUUUCAGGGGCACAAUGGCGCCGGAUUCCAUUUACUAUGCCGAGUUUGAAAACCAAGGACCCGGCGCCGUAACAGCGAACAGAGUCCAGUGGAAGGGUUUGCAUUUGGAUAUUAGUAGCGCCGAGGCUAACAACUUUACUGCGAACUCUUUGAUUGGAGGAGGGUCUUGGCUUCCCAGUACAGGUGUUCCCUUCAAAUCAGGUCUAUAA